AUGAUAGCUAAAAUUGGAAUAAUAUUUAUAAUUACAUUAGUAACUUUGAAUGCAGAAUAUGUCAGUUAUAAAGACUAUAAAGUUUACAAAGUUACACCGACUACAGAUGAUGAAGUGAAUAUCUUAAGUGAGUUAAAAGAUCAAAAUGGAUUCAUGUUUUGGUUAGAGUAUGUUAAAAAAGGCCAUGAGGCGAAAAUCAUGGUGGAACCAAAAAAGCAAAACAUUUUUGAAAGUUAUUUAGCGGAUAGAAAAAUUAAAAGUGAAUUGAUUAUUGAGGACGUUGAAAGCGUUAUCAGCAAACAGCGAAAACGUCCAGCCUCAGCUAGAUCAUCGCAACCCUAUAAAUGGGAAUACUAUCAAACAUGGGAAGAAAUUGAGGCAUGGAUGGAACAAAUCGUAGAACAAUAUUCAGAUGUCGCAUCUAUUGUAACAGCUGGACAGAGCGUUGAAGGACGUUUGAUUAGAGGCAUUAAAAUCGAUUAUAAGAAACGUGAAAGACCAGUCAUGGGUAUGAUUGAAUCUGCGCUUCAUGCUAGAGAAUGGAUUACACCAGUAACAGCGACGUGGAUUAUAAACGAGUUUCUAACAAGCAAUGAUGCUGAUAUAAGAUUUCUCGCUGAAAAUGUUGAGUGGCAUAUAUUUCCAGUUACCAAUCCGGAUGGCUACGUUUACUCUUUCACAGAUAAUAGAAUGUGGAGAAAGAACCGUAGUAAAGCGAGUUUCACGAACUGUAGCCAAUGGAAUCUUAAUGACGAUAUCAGUAAUGGAGUGGAUUUAAAUAGAAAUUUUGGUUAUUUAUGGAUGGUAAUAGGAGCUUCGCAAAAUCCAUGCUCCGAAACGUACGCGGGUAAAUAUGCCUUUUCUGAACCUGAAGCUAUGGCAAUUGCCAAUUAUGUCACGGGGCUGCAAAGAAGAGGAAAUUUGGUAUAUUAUUUCGCUCUUCACUCCUAUUCGCAGAUGAUUCUUGUACCAUACAGUCAUGUAGGAGGAGCUGAUGUUUUAAGUGCACCAAAUUAUGGAGACAUGUUUGAAAUUGCUGUAAAAGGGGCAGAGAAGUUGACACUGCGUCAUAACACAUCGUAUGCAGUUGGGACAUCUUUAGAUAUUUUAUAUCCAGUUACUGGAUCAGCUUUUGAUUGGGUAAAAGGAGGUGCCCAUGUACCCAUUGUGCUUCUGUACGAACUACGAGACGUCGGAGAAUACGGUUUCCUCCUACCACCAGAACAAAUUAUUCCAAACAAUGAAGAAGUAAUGGAUUCAUUGGUUGAAAUUGAUAAAGUGACAAGAUCAUUAGGUUACUAUCAUAGUUCAGCAAAUAUAAUUAAAAUCAGCAGUGUUUUAGUAGCUAUAGCGUUAUUAUUACAUUUCUCAGAAAUACAAAUGCAAAUGCUAUCUGAUUUACGUAAGAAUGGUUAUGAUUUUUGGACCGAUGUGCCGAAAGUUGGAGAAAAUGUUAGAAUAAUGGUAUCACCGCUGCAAGAUGAGGAAUUCAAUACAUAUGUAAACAGUGUUGGGUUAGCACCUGAAAUAGUCAUACCUAAUGUACAGACACUAAUAAAUGAUCAGCGAAAACCGAGCACUGGGGCGAAACGUAGUAGUCUUGGUUCCUACUCAUGGACGACAUAUCACAAUUUGUCAGAAAUUCACGCGUGGCUUGAUGAACUACAGGUUUUAUACCCUGGUAUAGUCACACCAGUCAUAAUAGGACAUUCAAAUGAGGGUAGACCCAUAAAAGGUGUUAUUAUUGACUUCAAAGCCGAUAAAAGAGGUGACAAGCCCCUAAUAGGAAUGUUAGAAGGUGGUAUUCACUCAAGGGAAUGGAUAUCACCGGCCACUCUGACCUGGAUCAUAAAAGAAUUCUUAACGAGUGAUAAUUCCGAUGUAAGAUUGAUGGCUGAAGCCUUCGUGUGGCAUAUUUUCCCAGUUAUAAAUCCAGAUGGCUAUGAAUAUACAUUUGUUGAGAAUCGUAUGUGGAGAAAGAAUAGAAACAAUCGGCACUGGACUAAUUGUACUUCGGACGAUGAUUUAAGCAAUGGCAUUGAUCUUAACAGAAACUUUGAUUUUGUCUGGAUGACAAUGGGAGCAUCAUCAAACCCUUGCGACCAGACCUUCGCGGGACCUUCACCAGCUUCCGAACCAGAGACCCAAGCGAUAUCGAACUACGCAAAAUUAAAGGAGUCUGGCAAUAUGAUCUACUAUAUUGCUUUCCAUUCCUACUCACAGAUGAUUCUGAUCCCCUACAGCCAUGUUGGUGGAACUGAUGUUCUGCAGGUUGAUAAUUAUGGUGAUCUGUAUGAAAUAGCGAUUCGGGGGAUUCAAAAACUGACAGAAAAAUAUGGAACUGCAUAUGUCACGGGUACAUCACGGGAUAUUCUUUAUGAGGUAACAGGGUCAAGUUUCGAUUGGGUAAAGGGUGUAGCUAAUGUCCCAAUAGUAUACCUAUUCGAGCUACGUGACGUCGGGGAGUACGGGUUUCUCUUACCGACAGAUCAAAUAAUACCAAACAACGAAGAAAUUAUGGCUUGCCUGAUUAAAAUGGACAAAACGACAAGGGAAUUGGGAUAUUAUUAUUCGAGCUCCGAAAAUACCUCGCCAUGGGAGAAUGGUGAUGUGUUCGAACCUAAUUUAUCACGUGGCGACAGGAUCGAGUCCUCCCCAGCGUUUGACAGGACGUCACAAAUUGUCAACUUGCUGGGAAGUGGAUAUGGGGUCAGGAUGUAG